GGGGGGGGGGGGCACAGUUCAGCAUCCGGAUCGGACGGUGGUAGAACAGGAUGCGUGCGCUUAACGCCAUUGAACUAAACUAAAUAGGGAAGAGAGCCUUUAAUGCGGCCAAUAAGCCCGCUGCAUUCAGCCGCGCGGCCCCGACGCACGGAGAUACGCGCAAAGGGGGGGAGGGAAGGGGGGGGGUCUCUGUGGCAGUUAGAUACUCAAAAAGAGAGAAAAUAAUACGUCGAUAAAUCAACGGAAUGUCUUUUUAAUAAAGGUUUUUUUUUCAAAGAUCCGUCUCGAAUCAACUGACAAAACAGCUCAAGAUAACAUUUGAUAAUUUGUCCUCAGGAUGAAUGUGCGUAACAGUAUCUUCAACAGGAAACUCUCUCCCUCUCCCUCUCUCUCUCUCUCUCUCUCUCUCUCUCUCUCUCUCUCUCUGUGGGUGUGUGUAUGUGCGCGCGCGCGCGCGUGUGCGUGCGCGCGAGGAAUACCCAGCUGGUCCCACAAGUCCUAUAAUACCAAGCACAACACGCUUUACCUUCAAUGAAAGCUGAGACUUGGGGGACGCUGGCUGCCGGUCCUCGAAUCACCUCCGAGCUCGGACACAAAAAACCCGAGCGCGUCGCCGUUUUUGCGGCUCAUUUGCGCCGCAUCCGUUUCACCUUUUAUCAUCCAAGUCACCAACUGCAGCGCGUUUAGACGUGUGACUUUCCAAAAUACCCCAAAAGACAACUUGGAUACGUUUUUUGUCCUGCCCACUUUCCUCUAUUGCAGGUGGGUCUCAUAUCGUAAGAGUGGACUCCUCAGGUGAUGAAAUGUCUUUUUGGACAUAGGUGCCACUUUUGGAAAAGUUUUCCACAACUGUGACUUUUUCUUCUUUUCAUUCUUCUGGCUCGAGCAUGGCUCUCCACGCCCGGUCUGUGUUGGUGCUGCUGUACGGAUGGAGUUCUCUUUGCGUCGGAUACUGCGCGAUGCUGAAACCGGACAGUGUCUCCGACAGACGCAAGGUGGAUUUUACGCAUCCGGAGGAGACUAAGCAGCCCGGGAAAGACGACCGGGACCUGCUUUUACAGGAUACAAUGACGGAGCACAUGCAGACGCUUUACACCAAGUACAACCGCGCCGGGUUUCCCUUCAAGGACGGCAACACCGUCCGCAGCUUCAAGGCGCACUGGGGUACGAUAAACAAGAAGCAGCUGCAGAUUUUCAACCUCACCUCCCUCACCAAGUCGGAGGACGUUCUGUCCGCCACUCUUCAUUAUUACAUCGGAGACCUUCAGAACAGCACCUGCUCCCGGUCCAGAAGCUGUGCUCGCCACGGCCCCCGCAGGCACAACCACAUCCACAUGGUCAUCUGGAGCUUCGCCUCUGUGGAUAACAAGAUAAGGACUCUCGGACACUUUCGGAUCAACGUGUCCACCCUCUACAGGGACUUCAUAUCCUGGCAGUGGAAGGACGUCACGCGAGUGGUGGACCAGGCCAAACACCAUGACGAGCUGCUCAUCGGGAUCGACGUGACUUCCCAAGGUCCCCAGCCCUGGAAGGAGCUCCUGUCCGACCGCUCGCCCUACAUCCUGGUCUACGCCAACGACUCGGCCAUUUCCGAACCGGAGAGCGUGGUGGCCACGCUGCAGAGGCGCCACCCGGUGGGAGGCGAGGCCCCCAAACUGGGACUGCGUGAGCGAAACGACACGGAACACGAGCUGCGGCAGCCACCGCCGCCGGCGCCGCCCAGGGGCAAGCGCUCGGUCAACGUCCUGCUGCCGCUGCAAAACAACGAGCUGCCCGGCCCCGAGUACCCGUACGAGACGGCCGGGUGGGACGAGGCGAGUCCGUACGAGCCUUUCCAAAACAAGCAGGCCCGCCGGCCACGCAAGAAAACGCGCAAGAAUCCGAGGCACAAGAUGCCCCUGCUGCAGUUCGACGAGCAGACUAUUAAAAAGGCGCGAAAGAAGCAGUGGAACGAGCCCAGGAACUGCGCCCGGAGGUACCUGAAAGUGGACUUUGCCGACAUCGGAUGGAGUGAGUGGAUUAUAUCCCCCAAGUCGUUUGAUGCCUACUACUGCUCAGGGUCCUGCCAGUUCCCCAUGCCGAAGGCCUUGAAGCCCUCCAACCACGCCACCAUCCAGAGCAUCGUGCGGGCGGUGGGCGUCGUGCCGGGCAUCCCGGAGCCGUGCUGCGUCCCGGAGAAGAUGUCUUCCCUCAGCAUCCUCUUCUUCGACGAGGACAAGAACGUGGUGCUGAAGGUCUACCCCAACAUGACCGUGGAUUCGUGCGCCUGCAGAUAGUCCGCUUCCGUUCGAAUAUCCACACGUGCGGCCCAAAAAAAUCGAGGUGAAGGUGGAAGGAAAGGAAUCGCGCGAGGAAGGUAAACUGUAACGGAGACACGUCCUCGCUGCAAAAGAAUCAUAAACGCUGCAUCCAGAUGUUCAAAGCCGGCUGGAGGACGUGAAGAGAGACAAGAACUGAAGGAAACGUCUCAGACUCAGUUCGACCCGACGCUUCGUCUCUGUCUCUCUCUCGGCCUGAAGUUGUCUUUCGGUCACCUAUGCUCGCACUCGCAUGGUCUUUGUUACUAUCUGUAUGUAUUUAUGUCUGUACUAUCACUGUGUUAUUCACUAUAUGAGCAGUUAUUGUGUAAUUAUUGGCUUGGCUGCUAUAAAGAGACGUAUUCGAUUCCAAAGCCAGACUUGUGACGUGGGCGCUUCAGCGGGCAGCCGUGCGCUUUUGUGUUUUCCUCACUGCUCUGUGGUCAGAGUUUAAUCGUAGGAUGACUUGCUGGAGGAGACGCAUUAUACCUUUUUUGCCAUUUAUUUUUACAAGCAGUCUGCAGAUUGAUUUUAAAAGAUAAAGGGAUCAGCAUAUCAAAAAGAGACUGCAUUGAACGAGGUUAAACCGUUAUAAAAUCCAUCUGAUGGGCUCGGACAGAAGUCGGCCGUGGGACAUAAAGGAUUCAUACGCGUGGUUUUAAUGAGCCUGAUUUUUCUGUUGUUUGUUAAAUGGAUAUACAGAAUGUCAUUCAUCAAGAAAUUGUUGUAAACUGCCAGAAUGCUCGUAGAAAUCAGUUUUUUUCAACAAAAAAAAUGAACAAAAAAAGUUGGUUUCAAGUCCGCGUCGACUGCAGGUCUGGAAUGAGUUUUGCAUUUUGGGUUUUCAUCGAUAAAACAACAUUUGCGCCGUCUUACACGUCAGUUUUCACUCCGAUUUUCAGCGAGUUGAGCAGAAGAUCAAAUCUGAUGGAUGGAUGAGCUGAUUUGUGUUGCUGGUUGACCUACACCUUUAACAUCCCUGUUAAGAGUCGCCAUUACGUAAAUGAUGGCGGUUAUUUGAUCCCGUCAGGCCGACGUUGAACAACAGGAUGAGCAGUGAACACGUCGUCCAUCAAUCAGAGCUCCUGAAACCAAAUAUUUAUUCAGAUGAAAUAUUCUGAAAUCCAGCAGCACACCUGUUUCAUUCCAUGGACUUGUAUAUUGUUUCUGUACAUAACAUCUGUUUUCAUCCGGUGGAUUCCUGCUUUUGAUUCAUCGCCUGUUUGGAGAACUGAGCUCCGUUUGCAAUGAAGUUGAAGUGGAAGCGAGCAGCUGGUCAAAGAUCUCUGCCACGAGAGAACAAAGUGCGUUUUCUUUUGAUGAGAAUGAAUUUACUCUCAAAUGUAUUUUGCAUCAUUUCCCAGAGGCAUUUAUUCUUUGUCGAUUUUCUAACUUUAUAUAUUUUGUACUGACACUUUUUUUGUGCCUCCUCAUCUCGCGCCAGUGUCGGUUGUCUCAGCGAGCGCUGCGGCGUGAAGCGGCGUCCUCUGGUUUCUAAAGGCCUGUGGGCUCAUCGGAGGGACAAACAUUAUAUUGGCUCCACUUCCCCGUUCAGUCCCAUCUUGUAAACUAAACACAAUCGCUUGUACAAUAAGCUUCAUAAAAUAUAUUUGUAUAUGGAAAUGACCCUUUAACAUGCACCUAUUUAUUUUCUGUAUGUUGCAUAUCUUGUACAGGUGUGGUCUGUUUAAACCCCCCCCCCCCCUAAAUCCUCUGCGCUCUGACCAUCCCUACGAAGCAUUCAAAGAACUGAAUAAAAGUAUGCAAGACUCAUUGGAAGUUA